AUGGCUGUGAAACAAGUCCAUGAAGCGUACCGCCGCCUCACGCACGAACAGCUUGUCCUCUUCCUCAAAGUCCGGUUACUCCCCACUACAGGCUCAGACGCGGAGCUCGCCUCCAGACUCGCCAAAUUCGAUAUCCACGCCUACCACUUCCCCACCAAGGAUGGCCACGACGAACAGGAGACCUCAAAGGCUCACCAUGACCCUUCCAGAGCUCGCGGCCGACAGGCACUCGCUCCUGAUCUCCCCGUCGAGGUGCUCGCCGACAUAAUGGACCACGUCGGUGACUGGGAGCUCGCAAAAGCGGUGGGUGUGCCCACAUCUCUUCCCCAACCCAUCCCCUGGACGCGCGCGAACGCAUGCGACCACGCCAUCCUGACCGGAUACAUCCCCCUUAUCCGCGCUGCCGAUCCCGCCACACACCGGCCUACCAAGGUCAGCGCGGUGCUGGCGGUACGCUUCAGCUACGUAAACGUCCUGGAGUACCUCUUCACCUAUCACCGCCCCGUCUUCCUGUCGAUGUACAGACAUGACCUCCUGCCCAUUACAGCCUCCCUCCAUGGCCGCACGGCCGUGCUGUCCUGGUGGAAGAACGCACACGAUCAUCAUCCCGACGUCCUGCCACUCCCCCCACCUACAUCCAUCGCUGACGCCAUAGAUGGUGCCUCGCGCAACGGUCAGGUAUCUUCGCUCGACUGGUGGCUCGCCUCUGGCAUCCCAUUCGAGUACACCGAAGCUGCGCUGGAGAGCGCCUCGGCAAAAAACCGCAUCGCCGUUCUGGACUGGUGGAAGACGAAGAGCAUGGCACCGACCAAUAUCCCGCUCAAGAUCGGACGGGUGAUGGACAUGGCGAGCACGGCCGGGCACGUCGAGGCGCUGGAGUGGUGGGCAAGCUCGCAGCUCGAGCCCAAAUACGACCGGCAGGCGCUCUACCACGCAAGCUGUCACGGAAAGGUCGAGGUCCUACAAUGGUGGCUGGGGAGCGGGUUGCAGAUGAUAUUUGACCAGGAGGCGCUUACAGGCGCGUCGCGCCACAACCGGCCUGAGGUGCUCGAAUGGUGGGAUCAAAGCGGGCUGCCGAUACAGUAUCGGAUGUGCGAUAUCGAGGAGGCUCUUGAGGACGCGAUUGGCGGCGGGGAGGAGGCGCGGGAGUGGUGGCGCCGAAAGGGCGUGGACUUCAACGCCAACGACAAGGAGUGGUCCAAGCUACAGUACCUGAAUUGA